AUGGGGAGCGUUCACAAAAAUUCAACAAAGAGUUCUGUUGAAUUUGAUGAUUUGAGUUUUGAGUAUAGUGGUUCAAGUGAAGAAAAUGAUAUAAGUAUAUCUCAAAAGAAGGGUACAAUUGAUGAAGCUAUGAAAAUGGUUGAUCCUGGAGAUGGAUUUGGUGAAGUUGAGAAGAAGUUAACUGAGUUGACCAAGGAUGACAUUUGGGGUAUUGAGCAUGAUAGUGUAGAGCAGUGUGUUCAAUUCUACAAAAAUUAUGCCAAAGUACAUGAUUUUGUUGCAAGGUGUGAUGAAAAGGGUUAUGAUUUCAACGACAACCUUAACAUGAGACAAAUGGUUUGUAAUAGAGAGGGUACACGGAGAAAGAAGUAUCUGGAGAUGGAGAAUAGAAAAAGAGACCACAGGCCGAUAACACGUGUAAUGUGUCAAGCCAGAAUUAGAUUUCACUAUGAUAUGAAAUUGAGGAAGUGGAAAGUCACUGCAUUUGAAGAGACUCACAAUCAUGACCUUAUCCUACCUAAAUAUAUACAAUUUGUCCCCGCAUAUCGUGUAACGACCGAGGCCGACAAAGCACAUGCCAACAGUCUGCAUGAUUAUGGUGUGAGAACUUGCCAUAUAAUGGGGUUCAUGUUAAAGCAAAAGGGAGGACCAGGAAAAAUUGGUUUUACAAAGAAGGAUUUGUAUAAUCAUUUCGACAAAUCAAAGCGUGCUAAAGUGAAAGAUGGUGAUGCAUAUGCAGCAUUGAGUUACUUGAUUUCUAAGGCCGAUGAGGAUCCAUUGUUGCAAGGAAAAUUUACUCUGAAAGAUAAUAAACUUGAAAAUUUAGUAUGGGCUGACGGAGCUAGCAUAAUUGAUUAUCAAUGUUUUAGUGAUGUACUAGCAUUUGACACAACAUACCAGAAGAAUAAAUAUAACAAGCCAUUGGUUGUCUUCUCAGGAACUAACCAUCACGGUCAGACAUGCAUAUUUGGUUGUGGCUUGCUAGCAGAUGAGAAGCAUGAGACAUAUGUAUUAGUUUUGAAGAUUUUUCUUGAAAUAAUGGGUAAUAAACAUCCAAUAGCAGUGGUGACAGAUGGUAAUCUUGCAAUGAGAGGAGCAAUUAGAGAGGUGAUGCCAAAUGCAACGCACCGACUUUGUGCGUGGCAUUUACAUCGCAAUACGUGUGAAGCUAUCAAAAAUUCUGAGUUCCUUCAUGGAUUGAAGCACCUUAUGUACCGGAAUUUUUUUCCGGAUGAGUUUGAAGAUAAAGGGCAUCGAUUAGUAUCAAAAUUCAAGCUUUCUGAAAACGAAUGGGUGAAAAAAACAUAUGAGAUCAAAAGGAUGUGGGCUUUUGCAUAUUUGAACAACACGUUUUUUGGUCGAAUUAGGACUACGUCACAAUGUGAAGGAAUUCAUUCGUUGAUAAAGCACUAUAUUGGUAAAAAAAUGUUAUCUUUCGGAUUUGAUGCAUAA